AUGGCCCAGCAAAAUAUGAAAGUGCGGCCUGUGCUUCUAAAGCGUAACAGCCUAGAGUCAGUGGAGUUUGUGAAGCAACCUCACCAUCGCAGGAGCAAAUCACAGCAGGUACGGUUCAAGGAAGAUGGGACCAGUAAGACUCCACCUGGCCUAGCUGAGGUUGACGUCCAAGCUUCUGAGGACCCAGCUGUGAUGGGCAAGACUCAGGCCUCCAGACACCAUCACCUCCCCACCUACUCACUCUCCUUCCCCAGGUCCCAGAAGGCAGGGGGCUUUCGGAACAUUGCGAUCCAAACCUCCCCCAGUCUCAGGAAGCAUUUCCCAGUUUUCAAAAGGAAGAGACUCACAGCCAGCAAGUCCCUGGUAGAAAUGCCAACAGUAUCCCAAAGUGCCAUCCAGGUCAACGGCAACCUCUCCGAACAGGACAUUGUAUCCUCAGACCUUGCCUACUUAAGGUUGGCUCAGCAUCUCGAGGAUGGGCCUCAAAGGGUCAAAGUGGCCCACCCAUUUCCUCCUAGAAUGUCCAAGGUGCAAAGCAAUGGGCCUAUUAGCAUAUGCUUGGAAGCAGGGACUUGGAGGGCCUCAGAGAAAGCAACUGCUGCCAUUCAGGUCCCAGAUGAUAUUUACCACAGUCCUACCUGGGCAGCUAGAAAGUCUGCUUUCACUCUAGACAGGUCAGGUGACAUAAGCAACUCUGUACAUCCUUUGGUUGAUGUGUGUCCAAGUGAUGAGAGAACAGGGCCACUAUCAGAUUCAGAAAGAUCCCUUUCCUGCAUAAAUGCCACCAGCGAUGACAACCACAUGCCAGGCACAGGGAAACUUAAACCCGAAUUGCUUUUGCCCAAAGACAACUCUGAUGACAAAGACCUUGGCCCACUGUCAUCUCGGUCAAAGGAAACAUGUAUUUCAUCACCUCCACGGACUCACAGCUCCCUCUCACCAGACUCCCAUAGCCAGCCAGCCCAUUCUGGAGGGGCUUCAGACUGUUCGUCAUCAAGUAACAAUCGUCAAGAUCUGCUGUCACUCAAAACUAACAGCAUGUCAAUUUCUGCCCCCAUGUGUCAGGAGCAGAUGGCAAAGAAUCCCACCCAGUCAGACACCAUGGAGUUUCAAAAUUGUUCUGGAAGCAGUCACCUACCAUCUCCUCUUCCAAGGAGGGAGACCAAACUUCAGAGCCACAGAGACACUAGUGGGAUUAAUCCAAUUCACCUGGCACAGGGAGAACUCUGUGAUCUCCAAGGCAGGCUGCAAUCCGUGGAGGAAUCUCUGCACUCGAACCAAGAGAAAAUUAAAGUCCUUUUGAAUGUAAUUCAAGACUUGGAGAAAGCUCGAGCUCUCACAGAAGGGCGCAACUUUUAUCGAACUGGCCAAGAUCUCAACAAUUGCAGCACCUGCCAGAACACGGCGUGCAUCAUAUACAGUGUAGAAUAUGAUUUUCGGCAGCAGGAAGGCAGGUUCCAUGAAGUUCUACAGAGUCUGGAGGAAGCGGAACCAGUGGAGGAGGCAUCUCCCCCACCAAAGUCCCCAGCAGAACCCCCAGUCCCUGAGAAACAGGACUUAAGGAGGAAAACCAAGAAAGUGAAGAAGAAAUGCUUCUGGUGGAUCUGA